UGAUUGGUCAGAGAGAAUCGUCACAAUUCUCGCGCGACUUAAUCCCUAGUGUCGCAUAUAUUAAGGGACGCUUGCAGCAUUUUUGUAAACCUAAGAAAAUGGCAAAGAAAAACAUACCGUGGUCGAUUGACGAAGUUGCGACGUUCCUCCAGCUGAUUGCAGAUGAUAAAAUCCAGCGGGAGCUCGACGGCACAACUCGCAACCUAAAAGUUUUUCGGGAGGUCUCUGCACUGUUGUCCGAGCGCGGAUUCUCAAGGACUUUCCAGCAGUGUAGGGAAAAACUGAAAAAGCUUAAGAGUGAGUAUAGAGCCGUGAAGGACCACAACGGCCGGAGUGGUUCAGAUAGGAAAAGCUGGAAGUGGUUCGACCUGUUGGACGCUAUUUAUGGCCAUAGACCGGCCAACGUUGGGAGGGAGGGAGGCCUGGACUCUGCAACCGCGUUACUGGAGUCCCUGCAUGAUGAUGCCAUUGGGACUAGUGAGGAAGAACAGUCCCGAACAACGGGUGGUGGCAGUGUUCCGUCCUCAACAUCAUCAGAACACACCUCAACUCGACCACAGACACCAGUCGAGGAACCGACACCAACGCCGAGUGCCAUCACGACACCGCAGCGUGUGGUUCUAGGCAAGAGGAAACGAGGAGGAGACGAGCACCUAGCACAGUAG